AUGGCUGGGAAGCAGGGGGACGCGUCUGCCCUGGGUCAGGUGCCUCGGCCUACACUAGAACCAGGCGUGAAGACGGCAAUCAAAAUGGAGGAGCCGGAGUCAGCGGGAUCCCAUGUGGCAGAGGGAGCGGUGAGAGCAGGCGAUGCCCCUCGUGUCGUCCAGGUGGGGACCAUCGGGGAGUAUCUAAAAUGGCCGACGCAGCAGAAGAAACAGGAUCCCGAGAGGGGCUUAUCGGAGCACUGGGAGGCCCAGUGGCAGGAGUUCCUCAAGACAGUGCAGUCGUCCCACCCUGGCUGGGGAAAUCCUCCAGUGUUUGAGACGGUGCCGCGAGGCGAUACUCAGGUCUUCCUACCCCCGACGGAGGGAGCCAGAAAGCGGCCGGCUGAAGGGAAGGGGACCACCCCCUCGCCUGGGCUGUGGAGAAAGACGCACGAGGAUGGAGGAGAGCAGGGCGGCUCUGAAAAGGUGGAGGAGACGGCUGAGCAGGAGGAGAGCACAGAGCGGCAGCGGCAGCGCUUCCGGCGGUUCCGCUACCAGGAGGCCGAGGGCCCCCGCGAGGCCUGCAGCCGCCUCUGGUACCUCUGCCGCCAGUGGCUGAAGCCGGAGCGGCGCAGCAAGGAGCAGAUCCUGGACCUGCUGAUCCUGGAGCAGUUCCUGGCCAUCCUGCCCCCGGAGACGCAGAGCUGGGUGAAGGGAAGCUGUCCCGAGACCUGCUCCCAGGCCGUGGCCCUGGCGGAGGAUUUCUUGCUGAAGCGACUGGAAGCCGAGAGGCAGGUGCCUGUGAUUUUCCACAUCGUGACAGUGAAUUUCCCUGCCGGUGAAGGGCUUCCUUCCGAACGUCUGCAGAAGAAUCCAGGCGGGGAAAUCAAACCAGAGGGAAAAGGAGCUGUUGGUAAUUCUCUGGGCACUGCAGAUGUGGCGGAAACGGUGUCAUCAGAAAGAGUAAAGCCAGGAGAGCGGAUCGUAAAUCUCACGAGCCAAGGGGGACUGAAUUUCCCCGAGGCAAAAGGUGCAGAGCGGGUGCAGGAGGGAUCCGCCUCCUCCCGAGGCAGCGAGAGCCGCAGAAUCGCAGACCCACCACGGGCCUGGAAGGCCAAAAGCAGAAAAAUUUGCAACAUGUGCGGGAAGAGCUUCAGCUACAACUCGAACUUGAAGAGGCACUGGAGAACACACACGGGGGAAAAGCCCUACGGAUGCUCAUACUGUGGGGAAAGGUUCAACCAGGCCACAAACCUGAUAAGGCAUCAGCGAAUCCACACAGGAGAGAAGCCUUACAAGUGCUCGGACUGUGGGAAAAGCUUCAACCAGAGCCUUCAACUCAUCCGGCAUCGGAAGACCCGCUUCAAUUGCAGCUGAUGCAGCUUCUCGCCUUCCUGACGCACCUGUGGAAGAGGAAUGGCCCUUCUGGGCAGGUCCAGCGCAAUAGCACCCAGUGCAGAAUGUGAUGUAGGGUGCUGAACUGAACCUUGGAAAACACUGCCUGAAAUGCAGAAAAAUCACAGUCUCAAACAAGAUUGAUGGCCAUCAGGACAAGAUGCGGGUUUAGGGCUCCACAUCGAUUCUUUUCCUCUGCCACCGAUUAGCAAAAAAGCAUAACAAUAUGCAAAGUGAGGAAGGGAUGUAGGGAUUUUCCUGGGUGUGAUUUAUUUGUUUUUCUUUUUGACAAUUAUCAUUCUGUGCAUCAGUACAGAAUUUGAUUUUGUGUGGAGCACAAAUUCCCCUGGUUACACAGAUAUGAAGAAAUCUUUUCAUUUCCUUUAUACAUUAAAUCAAACAUGUGGUUCAGGACAAGGGAAACGCUGAAGGGUAGUGUGGUAACAGCACAGAAUUUGGAAGGAUAAUUUCUCAGAUCCAAGCCCUGGUAUUUCCAUUUAAGAGGAGUAAAAGCACAUUGCUAUGCAUGUUUAGAUGGACACACCUGCUGUCUGGGGAUGUGCUGGCAGCUGUAGGACUCGCUUCUGUGUGAUGAUGCAACUCAUGAGGACAGCAGUUACAGGCAUCAUUCCCUCCAUUUUGAAGCCCAAACAGAAUUACAUGAUCACAAGAAGAAGAUAUCAGCAGAAGUUCCCAAGAUUUGCAGAAGUCUCCCUUUGUUAGGGGAAGGGAAAAAGUAAAAAGUAAAAUAAUUCUAUGCCCAUGCUUGAUUUUUGCUGGGCUGCUUUUGGCUGAAUUACUGGGGGACAGAAUUGGGGAGCUGGGAAGGAGUGCCUAGAAUCCUGAGUAUCCUGAUUUUGUUGCAGAUCCUGCUUGCUAACCAUAACAGCUUAAUGCAGGGAUAAUUGACCUCUGACAUGGCCUGCAUGAAGUUCCUAUCUGGCUGGUGAGCUUUCCUUCAUUCUCUCCAACUGGAGAUCAUUUCCCAUCUCCCAGAACCAAAACUCCACUGAGGCU